UUGCGCUCAGUUGAAAGUCGGAGGUGCAGGAGCCGCGAGCUGAGAAGAGAGACGGAGCUGCAGCUGCUUCAGCUCGAGACCUUCACCGGGGAAUAAACGAGGAUCUGAACUUUAUGGAACUUCAUUUUUUUAUUAUUGUUUUUGGCCAGAUCUGUAAAUUAAUGUAAACUAAGCGCGUGAGGAACGGAUUCAGGAUGUGAGUGGGGUCGUCGCGUGCUCGGUGCGCUCAGUGCUGAUGGAGCACGAGGACAGUCAGAUGGAGCAGGAGGAGUGUAAGGUGUCUGUGUGGGUUUGCCGCGAGGAGAAGCUCGUGUCCGGGCUGUCGAGACGCACGACUUGCGCCGAUGUGGUGCGCGCGCUGCUGGAGGACCAGCGCUCCGCCGUCUCCCCGCGCUCCUACUGCAUCGUGGAGAAGUGGCGCGGCUACGAGCGCGCGCUGCCCGCGCGCACCCGCCUGCUGCGCUUGUGGAGCGCAUGGGGCCGCGAGCGCGAGAACGUACGCUUUGUGCUGGUCAGGAGCGACGCGUCCGUUCCGAGCGGCGGCGCGCGCAGCGCCGAGGCGCGCGUCGUGUCCAGCGCGGAGAGCCGGGAACGUGCGCCGGAACGCGAGAGCGCGCCCGCGGCGACAUGCUCGCGGGAGAGGCAGCGGCGCGUGGUGCGCAAAGCCUUCAGGAAGCUGGAGAGGAUGAAGCAGGCCAGAGGGGAAGGUGAGGAGGAGGAGGAGGAGAAGGAGGAGGAGGAGGGGAAGAGACACGCGUCACGGGACAGAACCUCAAUGUCAGUGUCCGCGGAGAGGAUGGAGACCCUCGUGCAUCUGGUGGUGUCCCAGGACCACACCAUCCGGCAGCAGCUGGAGCGCAUCCAUGAGCUGGACGGCGAGAUCGAGAGAUACGAGGCCAAGGUGCACCUGGACCGCAUCCGGAUACACGGGGUCAACUACGUGCAGGACACGUACUUGGCUGAAAGCAGCCCGGAGCAGGACGAGGCGGCGGCGGAAGAGGAGCGGGUGGAGCAGUUUGAGGAGUACGCAGCGAGAUGGGACGAGGUCAUCAGGCUCCAUGAGGAGCUGGCCGAGCGUGAAGCCCUGCUGGAGCAGCUGACCGGCGAAAUCGAGGAAGAGCUCAACCACAGGUGGAUGCGGAGGCGGCGAGAGGAGCUGAAGGAGCUGAAGGACAAAGACGCAGGGAGUGUAACCGAGGAGACACCGGCGUACCCGGCAAACGUUCCUCAGGUGGAGACUCUCUCAGACAACGAUCUGCAGCUGGAAGAAGAAAGGAUCAAAACCCAGUUGGACACAAGCCUGUACAUUGGGCUCCGCUUGAACACGGAUUUAGAGGCGGUCAAGAGCGACCUGGACAUGAGCCGGGAACUGUGGGAGGCCAAAGACCAAGAGCUGAGGGACCUGCUGGAGAAAGUGCACUCUCUGACUGAGGGUGCAGAGGAAGAGGUGGAAGGAGAUGCUCCUGUGGUCCAGUCUGCUGCUGAGAAGAGUGCCGGCUGGGUCGAGGAAGCGAGGGGACUUUCGAAAAGCUGCGGCGGCGGAAAUGACGACGACUCGGACACGGGACUGAGCUCCAUGCACAGCCAAGAUUCGGAUAACCCGCCUGUGUGCGAGUCACUAGUGUGACCCGUGGAUAAAGGGAGCAGCAGCUCAGACUAGGGCUCAACGAUAUGGACACAAAUAUUGUAUUGCGAUUAUACUGCUACAUAUCAUCAUCAGCGAUACGCCUUUAAAACUAGUGCUGAACCCUUGAUGGGACAUGGUUAAAGAUCAGCCUGCAUUACUGUGACCACAGAUACAAUAACAUCAUCUGUGAUUGGUCAGGAUAGUACACAGCAAAUUCUGAGAUUGGGUAGAUCAUUCAUCUGCAUAUUGCAGCUAUCAGUAUCAGUAGAGUAAAAGCUAAUAUUAAACGAUAUAUUGUGCAGCCCUAGUAGGAACUCAGGGAAUAUUAUGCCUCAAAUGACUCCAUGCACUGCGCAUCACCACCUUAAGAGAGAAUCAUAUGUGAAAUGUAUGUAUAGUUAAAUCGAACUUGCCUCUCACAAAAGCCACUGGAAUCUGCUUGUAACGUGCUACUCACCAAAUAGUUACUGAUUAACCAACCGAGUGUGUGCUGCAUUCCUAGACUUAGAGGGAAAUGCAGAUUUUUCUAUAUUUCUGCAUAAAUAGAAAGUUAAGAUGUAAACAAAGUCAUUCAGAGUGGUUUGGUGUGAAAUGCUCUGUUCUAGAGAAACUUACAAAGUCAGAAUUGUUCAGUGUUGGUGAUAGGAACCAGACGUCCACCUCUAAAAGCUCCCUCACAGAAAGUUAUAACAUACACUCACAUACAUAUACACUUGUACGAGUUUGUAGAAGUUUAAACAUACUUUGUAAAAUGUGUUCAUGGUG